CUUUCAGGCUUUAAACUCGUUGGACACGUAUUGGAAACCUUGGCUGUUGACGAAUAUAUCUGCGGACAACGAUGCCUCAGAAAUGAAAAAUGCCUGUCUUACAACAGCCAUUCUGAUGAUGACCAUGACAACAACAAAUGUGAGCUUAGUGAUCAAAACAGACCGGAUAAGCUUAUUCGCAGCCCUGGGUUCACCUAUCAUAUCAAAGGUAAACAUAAAUAAAGUUCUACCAUGGAUUCUACUAAGGCAAAUAAUUAGCCACAAGUCCUGUUUUGAGAAAGGUUGUCAAAAGAUAUUAAGGGUGGUUUUGAAUCCACUGUUCUUCAAAGAAAUUUGAAAGAAUGGUACGAGAGAUUUGUCAGUGCUAAUUAGGAAAGCAACAAAAAUAGGUUCGACAGCUACAAAGUCACGUGUAUUGAUAAUAUCCCAUAUUACCUUUCGGGAUUGUCAUGUGCACAUUUUUCCCGACAACCUUUCCCGAAAUCGCUGUAAAUGUUUGGAUAAGUGAACAAAUUAAUGAAAUAUAGACUACACCGCCUGGGCAUGAAUCCUCACAGUGUGCGUUCUUUACCCCGGCCCCUUUCAAAUUGAUGAGGAAGAAUGAAAGAGGCAACAUCAACGUCUUUAAUCGCAGCUAGUGCCCGACCCAAAUGAUACAAAUUUGACGGUUGAUUCAGACAUCAAACUUUUAAGAUGUCGGACUCAAUUCAUUUUCACGAUGUGCAAUGGUUUACAAUCAUCUCACCAGUGAAAAUGAAUUAUAGCAAUUUGUGUAUUAGGUUCGGUACUGAUGAUAACUUCGACGUAAACGAAGUCGCUCCACGGUCAGAAUUACCAAGUGAGCCACUCGAUCUCAAUUCAUGGGUUGACCCAAAUUAGAAAUGUCGGACUCAAUUGAUUCAAACGUCGAUCUCCUCGCCAUGUACUUAAAUUAGCUGAGGGGAUUAGAUUGGGUGAUAUGAAAAGCUCGUCAAAUCGUACUAAUUGUAAUUUUUCACGUACAAGAAAGCCGCAGAUAUGGUGCCUUAUUCUGCAUUUUUUCAACCUACAGUUGGAAAAGGCUGGUAUUCCUCGUAUCCUGGUCAUUCCUGCAAAGACAUCUAUGACUCUGGCGACGCAAGAGGUGACGGAGAAUACUGGAUUGACCCUGAGAAAAAUGGAAAUCCUUUUAAAGUCUUUUGUGACUUGACCAGAGCAGGUGGUGAGUAUUGGUGUUCUAUAGUUAUCACUGAAAGGACUUACACCCUCAGAUCAGGCUAUAAGAUGGAUGACCGGGGACCCGGUUAUCCAGACCCUGAGAUAAGGAGGGGGCCCGGUCUCAAAAAAAACUUUUUUUUGGCCCAUCGGGCCUCAGUUUCGUCUAAAAGUAACGGUGGGGGGAGGGGGGGAGCCGGGUACCCCGGCCCCCCCUGGAUCCGCCACUGCAUUGUUAUUAAGUCGAGGAAAUUUCGUCACCACAAACAUGUCUGUUCAGUGUGACAUGACUUAAGUAUUUUCAGCUGGAGAACGGAAUUGCCUUAUGCGUUGUGAUAUCCCGAAACCUCCAGAUAACCUAGACCUGUAUUAAAUUCAUCAUAAACCAGAAUAGAAUAUUCACUCAACAUAAAUUUCUAAUGACAUGGCUUGCUAGAGAUUCCGUACAACUUGGUUUUGAUGGUAAAAAUUGCCUAACUUAACGUUAAGUUUCACUCUGUUUUGAGUGUUAUUAUAAAUAUUUUAGUCUGAAAUGUCGUACGUCUCCAUCCUCCUCGCCCCCCACUGGUUAGCGGGUGGAGACCCCCCUAUGGCAUUUCCGGUUAUUAAUAUUUUUUCAAGCCAAAGAAAUACGAAAGGUGACAGGCGUUUGGCAGUAACGAAGGGGAAAGAGGGAGACCGUAUGUUGAGGCCUCAAAUGUAAUUAGUGACCCUAAAUGUAAUAAAGGUCCAAAUUGUAAUAACUUUUGGCCCCAAAUGUAAUAAAGGUCCUAAAUGUAAUAACUUUUGGCCCUAAAUGUAAUAACGGGUCCUAAGUGUAAUUCUUUCAGCUCUUAUUAUGCUUAUGGUCAUAAGAAGAUUUCAUAGUGUUGGCUUUCAGCCUUAUUACAGGUUAACUGAGCGCAUGAAUGUGUCUAGGGAGGAAUCACUAAAUACACCAGGCAGAUCCCCUAUGUAGCCUUUUGAGUAACAACUUAUUAUUAUUCAUGUGGUGAAAUCCUGGAGAAAAAAGUUAGCAUAAAAAUUCACUUCAAGAAGUACUCCUGGUAGAAGUUAAAAUCAAAGUCAGGAAGUCCGAAAAACUAUCAAGAUAUACUGCCCUUAAUAUCUUGCUGUUUAUAUAUAACUUCGUGUUCACAUGUACAGCAUUCUGUAUGGACCGACCGAUAUACUCUUUUGGAAAAUGAUAAAAAAAAAAAUUUCUUUUUUUGGCGCAACAUUAAAAAACCCCAUAGACAAAAGUAGUUAAUUUACUACCACCUUUUCUAAUGCACAUUAAUACUUCCUUCAGAUCAAUUACUAAAUUACUACUGUAUUUUGAAAACUUUUGUGUAGAUUCCAGUUGUUUAUAACUCGCGUUUUACGAUGUAGGGAUCAUGUAGUAGGAAACACGAUCGAGACGUAGUUAAUUUAUAAGUGUUUCUCCUACUUCUUCUAGCCGCUUUCUAAGUUUAUGAAUAUCUAUGAAGACUACAUUAGGGCGAAGAAAGUGAAUCGCCCGGGGAAUCGCCAGCUGGCUAUAAAAUUAAUAUCGCAUCAGACCGUCGCAUGUUUCAGUCAGGGGGUUGGGGUUGGGGUUGUUAUACUACAUACAUGCAGUAUACUGUUAAGACUUCCAUUACAUUUAGGGCUAAAACCUAUCACACAUGUAAUAUUAUGAGACGCUUUAUUACAUUUAGGGCCAAAAGUUAUUACAUUUAGGACCUUUAUUACAUUUAGGGCCAAAAGUUAUUACACUUAGGACCUUUAUUACAUUUAGGGUCAUUUAUUACAUUUGAGGCCUCAACACCCUUCCUCUGUCCCUCGAUUAAUCGCCUCCCUCGAAUAAUCGCCCCCCCCCCUCCACCCCCUCCACCCCUCUCGCCAUCUUCUCUUUCUUCUAUCCCCUGCCUGUCAUGUUGAAGUGGAAUCUGAUCAAGUCAUCAAAAAUGUUCAGUUAAUUUGGUGUGAUAAUUUUUUUAUUUAAUGGAGUAAUUAAAAUAUUUAAGGCACGACUUCCAGUCAGCAGUAUGUGAAAUAAUCGCGUUUCUACGAAUAAUCGCCCCCUUUUGGUGCGAAAAAAAAAAUAAUCGCCUCCGACUGUUAUUCGAGGAAAUACGGUAUUCUCGGGAAACACUGUGAGGAGUAUUGUUUAACAACUCAAAGAGAACGGCUGCCUAGGAGACUGCAAUCCCAGUCAUAAUUUGUUAAAACACUUCCGGAAAACAUAAUAUCUACUUAGUCGUUUCAGGAAUAUACGUACUACUACCCUCCCCUUCCCGCAAUAUUGGUUUCACGCGUUUUCUUGGGAAUAAACGUCUUCGAAAUCAACAUUGAAGAGGAAGGGAAGGAACAAUUAGCAAGCGUUUCAACAAUAAUGAAUGGGAAUGUAGCUUUUUCCUCUCCACUCCCUACCAUGUCCUUUCCUGUCCAGAUAUUCUCUCCUGCCUCUUGAUCCAGUCCCCAUACUUAUUUACUGUUUAAUAAAAAUUUCAGGAGGUUGGCUUCUUGUUCUCAACAUUGUGAUUAACGACCAGUAUAACCUCCCUCAGUUGUUACUCGAGACUUCAUACCGCAGAGUGGACAGCUAUAAAAGCAACAAUUUAGUUCUAAUGAACAGCGCCCUGAAUGACCUGAAAACCCUUAUGCCCUUCACUCAAAUGCGGUUCCACUGCAGAAAGCCAAAUGGAUCAACAUUUCAUAUAGUCACGACCGGAAACAGCACCGGUGAAGCUGUUAUUCAGUACUUUACGGGGCAAACAAACACCAUGCCAGACUCCUGUGGAUCGUACAUUAAACUUUGGGAUGACAAUUCAAACCUUGCAAACCGAUGUGCCGACUGGGGGAAUGAGAACAACGAUUACUAUGUGGGUAAAUGGGGGCAUGAAGGCAUGCGUGAAUUGUAUGAUCACCCUGCAUUUAGUGUACUUGCAUAUCACUGGGUCACUUUUGACAGAUGGGAAUGUGAUGACUUUAAACCGAGUUCAUUAUAUGAUUAUCUACCACCUAAUGGAACCUUUUGGAAGAUUUUUGUGCGUUAA